ACAUUGCAACGGCUGAGGACGAUCCGGACAGAGUCACAGCGGUGGUGUGCGGUGACGAGGUGUUUGCGGCGGAUGCAGUGGUGUCAGCAGUGGGCAUCUCAGGCCUCAAAAACAUUGUCGCUUCGAGCCCAGCGCUGUCCAGCAGGAAGGAGUUUCUGGGCGUGGCGAACCUGGGUGCAAUUGAUGUGCUGGCAGUGCGGUUGUGGCUCGACAGGAAGAUCACCAUCCCCAAGCCAUCCAACGCGUGUUUCGGUUUUGACGAGACAACAGGGUGGACCUUCUUUGAUCUCAACGCCAUUCACGAUGAGUACAAGGACGAGCCCUGCACCGUCGUUGAAGCAGACUUUUACCACGCGAAUCAGUACCUGCCCAUGUCAGACGAGGCAAUAGUGGCAACGGUCAUGCGCUACCUCGCCACGUGCCUCCCUGCCUUCGCCUCUGCCCAAGUCACCGACAGUGCUGUCGUGCGCUUCCCCAGAGCCGUCACCCACUUCUCCCCAGGCUCCUAUCAGCACCUGUUGCCAGCCACCACCAGCUUCACCAAUCUCUUCAUGGCCGGGGACUGGAUCAUCACUCGCCAUGGCUCGUGGUCGCAGGAAAAGGCAUAUGUGACAGGCCUAGAGGCAGCGAACCGGGUUGUGCGGCUGGUGGUGGAGGGGGAGCCAGCAACCAUAAUCCCGGUGGAGCGGGAUGAGGAGCACAUAGAGCAGCUAAGGCAGCUCAACCAGUCAGCAAAGCAGGCCAUCAACCUGCUGCCGUUUGCCGGUACACUGCUGCAGUAA